AUGUCAUCUACUUCGGCGGCUCUUCAAUCUAAACUUGAUUCAAUUUUAGCUGCGCGCCGAAGUUCUUCUGGAGUGUCACCUUCCUCGAUUCUCUCUGUUUCAUCAACAGCUUUAUCAGAAGCAAUUAGUUCAAUUGAUAAUGGAAAAAACGCAGUGGUUAUCGAAAUAGGCGCAAAGUUAACAAAGCUCGGAUGUGCUGGAGAAAUCACUCCGAGGCAUAUUAUUCGAACAGAAUGCCGCGAUUUAGAUGGAAGUUUGAUCACAUCGAGUGAUAUUAUGGCAAUGAACAAUCAGAAAACAAUGAAGAAAUCUGUGGAAUAUUACACAAAUCAAUUGCUUAAAUUUUUUAGGCAUAUUUUUUUCAAUGUUCUCGCAAUUAUGCCUUCUCAGAGACCGGUAAUUUUUGUUGAAAGUGUUUUCAUGUCAACGGAGUUAAGAAAUGCGAUUACAAAAAUUGUGUUCGAAACUCUCCGUUGUAGAUCGGUGAUGUUCAUUCCAUCACAUGUCGCCUGCACAUUUGCAUUUAACACUCAAAAUGCGCUGGUUGUCGAUAUUGGGCAUUCGGAAUGUAUUGCAAUGCCGGUUGUCGAAGGUGUUACAAUGCUCAACGAAUUCGAAUCGGCGCGUUCAAUGUGCGGUGAACAACUAGAAAAACGUGUGAGAUAUCUGCUACAAAAAUACGCGAAAAUUGAGGCGAAAGAUGGAAAUCGGCGGCCGAUUGAGAUCGAAGAUUGGCAAGAAAUUGAAGAGAUGAAACUCGUCGAAACCAUUGAAAUCCAUUCGGUAUGCUGCACUAUGGAGAAAGCAAAGCAAUGGAAAGAAUGGGAAGAAGCUGAAGCCGAUAAGAAGCCUGAAAUUGAGACAAUCACCAAGGAAAAAUGUGUAUUGGCCCGCGGAAAAAAUAUUGUUAUCCCACCAGUUGUCUUUGAAACUUCAAUGGAGUUGAUGUUUGAUGAAACACUUCGUGGUGAAUCCUUUGAUCGAAAUUUACCAGAAAUAUUGCUCAAAAUUGUGCAAAAAUGUCCAAUUGAUAUUCGAAAAAACCUUUUGCGCAAUAUCCUUUUAAUCGGCGGUGUUUCCAUUGUUCCGGGAUUCAAAGCUAGACUGAAGGAGGAACUUGAAGUGACGGCAGCAAAAAUGAGCAUGUCAAAGAGCUGCGAGGAUAUCAAAUUUUAUCAAUUUAAGGAUAUCAAGAAUUUUCCGCUUUUUAAUGCAUGGAUUGGAGCGAGUUUGUUCGGUUCGCUUCGAGACACGGUCGAACGACGGAGUCUGACACUCGAAGAGUAUGAAGAAGGAAAAUUGCCUGCGGAUUGGACGGAUAUAAUCGUAAAUAUUUCAUCCUAG